GAAUCCUCGGCGUUAGCAUGUCAGACAGAGCCAGUCGUCCAAGGGAGCGCCAGGCAGUAGGUCUUGACUGUUUGUGCAAAUGUGAGAGGAAGUCAGAUGCGUUAACGUGGUAGUCACCCGGUGUACAAACCACUGUACAGCUCCCUCCAGUGCGACUUCCCGACCGGCUUAGUGGUUGCUGUUGCUAUUUAACUGGCUAACUAGCUAGCUAACCGUAACCCGAUAAAUCUGCCAGUCUCCAUUGCGGGGAAAGUGGGGCCUCCGGUUACGACUUGUUUUACAUCUGCCCUGGAGAGCUUAACAUAUCGUGUUAUAUUCCGAAGCAACAUCCUGUUGAGAUGGACAACCUGAGUGGCGCCCUGGAGAAGCUGAAGCUUGUGUCCACAGACAGCGCCACUGACAACGUGGAGAGCUGUCUGGACUGCAUGCUGAAAGCACUCGCCAACAACAACACUGAGGCCAGUCUGAAGAUCCAAGAGAUGGGCAUUCUCCCCCUUCUCCCCGCCUUGCUACGCCCCCAGUCCUCCUGCACCCCUAAAGUAGCCAACAUCAUAGCUGAGCUGGCCAAAAAUGAGUUCAUGCGGAGUCCCUGUGUGGAAGCCGGCCUCAUCCCUCCUCUAGCUCAGCUGUUAAACUCCAGCAACCAGGAGGUUCUGCUGCAGACCGGCCGAGCACUUGGCAACAUCUGUUAUGACAGCCAUGAGGGCAGGAGUGCAGUUGACCUGGCAGGAGGGGCUCAGAUAGUAGCUGAACACAUUAAAUCCCUCUCCCAAAAUACUGAGCCGGAAAAUGAGAAGCUCUUGACUGUCUUUUGUGGCAUGCUGAUGAACUAUAGCAAUGAUAAUGAUUCCUUACAGGCUCAGCUGAUCAAUAUGGGUGUGAUUCCCACUCUGGUGAAGCUGCUAGGCAUCCAUUCUGACAACACAGCCUUGACAGAAAUGUGUCUUAUUGCCUUUGGGAAUUUGGCUGAACUUGAGUCCAGCAAAGAGCAGUUUGCAUCUACCAAUAUUGCUGAGGAGCUGGUGCGUCUUUUCCAGAAGCAGUCCGAGCACGAGAAGAAGGAAAUGGUUUUUGAGGUUCUGGCUCCACUUGCAGAAAAUGAUGUGAUAAAGCUCCAGCUGGUGGAGGCAGGUCUGGUGGAGUGUCUCCUGGAGGUGGUGGCCCAGACUGUAGAUGGAGAGAGGGAGGAGGACGUCGCCCAGCUCAAGACUGCCUCGGACCUCAUGGUUCUCUUGCUGCUGGGGGAUGAGUCCAUGCAGAAGCUGUUUGAGGGAGGAAAGGGCAGUGUCUUCCAGAGAGUCUUGUCCUGGAUUCCGUCUCAUAACCACCAGCUGCAGCUUGCUGGCGCUCUGGCUAUUGCCAAUUUUGCUCGCAACGAUGGAAAUUGCAUCCACAUGGUGGACACUGGCAUCGUGCAAAAGCUUCUGGAGUUGUUGGACCGGCAUGUUGAAGAAGGCAACGUCACCGUUCAGCAUGCAGCACUUAGCGCCCUGCGGAACCUGGCCAUUCCCGUGGUAAAUAAGUCCAAGAUGCUGUCAGCUGGAGUAGCCGACGUGGUGUUGAAGUUUUUGCAAUCUGAGAUGCCUCCAGUCCAGUUUAAGCUGCUUGGGACGUUACGCAUGCUCAUCGAUACACAAGCUGAAGCCGCAAACCAGCUGGGAACCAAUGGGAAGCUAGUGGAGAAGCUAGUGGAGUGGUGUGAGGCCAAAGAUCACGCCGGGGUGAUGGGCGAGUCCAACAGGCUCCUGUCGGCCCUCAUUCGACACAGCAAGUCCAAGGAAGUCGUCAGAACUGUCAUCCAGGGAGGUGGAGUUAAGCACUUGGUUACCAUGGCAACCAGUGAGCAUAUGAUUAUGCAGAACGAAGCACUGGUGGCUUUAGGUCUCAUUGCAGCGCUGGAUUUGGUGGCAGCAGAGAAUGACUUUGUCGGAGCCAGCCUGGUGUCGGUGCUUCACAAGCUGCUGUCAGAUGAGAGGAGUGCACCAGAGAUCAAGUACAACUCCAUGAUCCUCAUCUGUGCAGUCAUGGGCUCAGAACCCCUUCACAAAGAGGUCCAGAGCUUGGCCUUCAUUGACGUGGUGUCCAAGCUAAGGGCCCACGAAAACAAAACGGUCUCCCACCAGGCGUCCCUCACAGAGCAGCGAUUAACUGCCCAGAGCUAAAUGACUGUCCCACCCGGCCCACAGGCCGUCCACCCAAACCGCCUGCCUGACCCAUCUUAUCACCAGUGACCCCUCAUGACUGCCCUUCCCUCUGUGCCCCACCGUCAUGUGCCAAGGUACCAUGUCGCAUUAGCUGCCAGCCAAGACCUGGUCAUGUCUCUGUCCCCGGCCCCUCCUCCAGGAUUAGACUGAUGUGGAUCUAUUAUAUAAACAUUUUCUACUGUAAUUUUGUUUUGAAUUACAACAGUUCACAUAGAGUUGGAAAGCCUCUGAAACGGUUUUUAGACUGGUGUGGGACACCAUCACUCUCCCCUGAGAGCCAUAAUAAUGAGCUCCUUAACAAAGCCACACCUCUUAAACACUCAAUGGACACCAUCGAGUUCCUGGUCUCCCUGCAUCGGCCCAACCCCAGGCCCCUGGUCGACUUGUGCAUGCAUCUUCUGUUACAAAUAGCUGAGGCUCCAUAAACAGCUUAACGCAAUAGAUAAGAGACAACACUCUUUUACGACCAUAGCUGUGAGACCAUCUACCGGUAAUCCACCAGUGACAAAAUGUGCACAAAAGAACAAAAAAAAAGACUCCCUGUUGUGAUUUUUUCUUUGUUUGAAAAGCAGCCAUGAUGUGCCCAGUCGUGUCCCAUGUAGCUCAAGUAUAAAUCGAAUAGAAGCUGUGCAUGUUUUA